AUGGCCGCCCAGCUCAUCAUGCCCACACUGCCUGGCGAGCAGCAGCAGUCUCGCCACUUUCUCCCCCAUCGCCCUGCUCAACACGGCCGCUCCCAGUCCUACAACCUUGCCCGCGCUGGCCCUCGCUUCCACAUCAACACUGAUGUCGCAAAUGCCAACACUGGCCACUACGCCUCGACGCCGCCCUCUCCACGCGGAACGUCGGGCUCUCGCAGCAAUAUUCACAGCAACAACACCGCUGCACGCCCUCUCUACAUGCCCGCCGUCUUGCGCCCCAACUAUGAAUUCCCGCCUCAGCAACCGCUCUCCCGCUCUCCCGGUAGCUCGUCAGAUUCGGGCUCCGACUCAACCUUGCGUCGCACCAACACGGCCAAUCUGCUGAGCCUCACCGGCCUCGGUGCUAUCGGUCACCGCCUCAGCCGUCGCUCAACCACUGAGAGCUCCAAGAGUCUCGAGGGUGACUGGGAUCUGGCAAUGUAUCCCGACGUCACCUCGCCACCAACGCGCAAGCACUGGAAGCCCGACACGGAAUCGUCCAUCUGCGACGACCCCCUGUGCAAGCGCACCUUUACAUACUUCACCCGCAGGCAUCACUGCCGCAAGUGUGGUAACAUCUUUUGCGACUCGCACUCAGCCUCAGUCCUGCCUCUCGACCAGGACGCCAACUUCAACCCUCGCGCCGUGCCAUCGCGCACCUGCAAUCACUGCUUCGAGCAGGCCAGGGCCCGCCACUCCCGCAACAACAGCCAGUCCUCGGGGUCUGACUCUUCGAGCGGCAAGGGCGGCGCGACAGCGAUUGCGGCCAAAAAGGGCAACCCUGAGAAUGAGUUCAAUCUUCCAAGCAGCAAAGACAUUGCUGCCAGUGUCCCGCGUGACUGGAACUGGAGCACAUUUUAG